AUGGGGAAGUCCUCUCGUGAUAAACGUGACAUCUUUUACCGAUUGGCUAAGGAGGAAGGUUGGAGAGCUAGAAGUGCGUACAAGUUAAUUCACAUCGACAAUGAAUUCAAUAUUCUCGGGAAAAGCCGUAAGUCCGUCCCCAGCUCCUCUCUCGCAGAUUUUCCAAUUUUGCAUGCCUAUUUCCAGAUUUUUUACCGCACAAACUCCAAAACUAGGCAAUUUCUUCUCUCUAGACUAAAUGGCAGCCUAAUUAGGCUGAUUCAGUCACUGUGACGUCGCUGGGCAUAUCCAAGAAUUUCCCCAUAUGUUCCAUAGACCGAUGACUUUGAUGAUGACCACUGGCUACCGCCUUCUCCGUCGGCUCGGGUCGUGAAACAGGGCCAGAUUUCUCUGCUCAGCGUCUCUUUCCCACUGAACUGUCGAAUUUUGGCGACAUCAAGGCGUUUUACAUGUGGCGUUUUGGAUUUAGAGGAGAGAUGAGCUUUCAAGCGUGUAAGAAUGAGAACAUGAUCCGACCCAUGGACGUUACCAAUUUCGGCACCACGCAUCGAUCUACUAUCGUGAACCUACUAGACUGUGGCCGAUCUGGCUGGCCGUUUGGCCGUAAUUUGAAAACUAUAUCAGUAUAUGUUUGUGGCGAUGCUGGAAGCACGUGCUGGUGCCAGUCAGGUAUGAUUAAUAGAUGGCUAGAGAAUGCUGAAUUUUGCUGAUCAGAACAGCGCUCUCGACGAAGUAAGAAUCUUCAAUGCACUGGAAGUGGCUCUCUAUAACAUCGAAGCGGCCUGCCAGUGUACGCUGGAAAACCUAGCCUGUCACGUUGUCCUUAUUUCACAGAAAAUUAGCACAAUGUCUUCGGUUUAAUCGGUGCAGACCUUUGAAGGUAUAUAUGCCGCGUCUUAAUGUCCCGGACGCCACAAAUGUCGAUGUGUGCCGGGCAUCCGUGUGGUCAGCCCUCUGUUGUUCUUAAUUCUGGUCGAUGCACACGUAGGGCGAGCUUUCUCCCGACUGUUUGGCCACGGUGGCCUACGAGCCAUUCCUCAGGCGGAGUUUGCCGAUGUCGUAUCCAAUCAGUUUGCUGCCCCCAGUGAAGACGGCACAAGAAUUUCUCAGGACACCGACAAGUGAUGCCAGUAGUGAUUUGGGCACGUUCUUCUUUGCCCAUGUUUCCCUGUCUAGUUGGAGACGGCGAAGAGUUCAGAUGGGAGCAGGGGAUAGCAGUCAUCAAGAACGAUAUCAUUCCAGUUCGACCACAUCAUGUGGCCAGGGCGUCAAUGUUCACAGACUUCAGCAUGAAUCCCGCCUUCGUUGGGCGCCUUUUUACUGCACGUUGUCAAUGGGCGAUCUGUCUGGACAGACAGCUGUUGAACUCACUGCGAUGUUGCCAGGUAAAUUCAGGAAUUCUCUUCACUGUGUCUGUGACUGGAAACUUAACUUAAAACCAUUUGCCGUCACUUUCUCCGUCAAUGUAGGUUUUCUGUAUUCAGGGCAUUCACCAUGUUAGGCUAUCUUGAUUUUACGACGAGGUACUUUGGGCGCUGACAAGCAGUGGGCCUUCAAACGAUUGCCCGCGAGAAUAGGAUCUAAGUCGUAGGCAUUCCUAUUUUAGACAUCACGUAUGUAUCCUCUCUAAUGCACCCACCUAUGGAACCCCGGAUCUAUUGAGACCUACUUGGUCCGGCUGGAACCACGACCACCGUUGUGAUGCCAAGCCAGUUCUGGACAACUGGACUUAUUGGGAAUCAAGCCCAAAGCAGUUCAUUAGUUGAUUAGUCAUCUGGCCCAAUUCGGUCAUUCAAGUUACCUACAGCAAUCAACGGAUCACGGUAAGGAUGUCUGGUAACCAGCUAUUGCGGAUGCGAACAGAGUGCCAGCAUCUAAUAUCAGAGCAUAGACGAAAAUAAGGGAGAUGUUAGUAAAGUGUCCUUUCAUUUACAUAUACGAUAACAGGUUAUUAACUGAUCGGUACACAAGCAGUGCUUGAUCUGCCCCGCUCCUAGAAGACGAUCGCUAGAUCAUGUCUGCAACGGAGAUCACCAGGGCGUCUGUGAUUGUAUCGAACGGCUGUGGUUUGAGUCCUAUUCAGUGGCAGGCAGCAUUUGUCAUGUCUCACCACUAAGGCCGUAUCCUGCUUAUAAGAACCCGCGGCGUUCCAAGAUCUAGGUACAAACGAAAACUCCUGUAUAGAAGACAAGAAUGAGAGCAUUCUAGCUCCUUCGCCCGAGACCUGACCGUCCUAGUGACCAACGGCAAACAUUGGUGUCGCGUAGGGCGUUGCAGUCCCACUUCUCAUGCUGCCCCGCGAACACGGACCCCAGAAGAUCAGGUAUGCACUCUACAAGAAGACUUGUCGCCAGUCACUGUUUCACGUCCAGGUGUUGCAUGCAUCGGCAGUCACGAAGUAAGUUUGUCGCGCACGCCCGCAUGUAUUCUAGGAAAAGUAGUUGGAUGGACAGGAUGCCUUGAACGAAAUGCUACUUCGCUGCCCCUUCACUAACAGAGCACCAAAGCCCACAUUCUGACAAAACAAUCGUCAUGUGCGCUAUUGUUCAUGAUACUUGGUACUUUGAAAUUGGCUUGCUGGAAUUUUUGGAUUCCAUCACCUAUGUACGUCGAGUCUUUUGCAGUCCGGAUUUAGUACUUCCAAACGCAGUUAUGCUGUUUUUUUUAACGUUUUGUAGAUAAUGGUGAGCCGGUUACGCGAGUUGUCGACCUCUGUGCAGCACCGGGCAGCUGGUCUCAGGUUCUUUCUAAAAGAUUAUGGGAACCACUCUCUGAGGAGGAGCGAAAGAAGGUUCGUUGCCGCAGCUAGUGUCUGUUAUAGCCUUCUUGUAACACAAGAGUUUUUACUCUAUCUUCUUUGAACCCGUUAAUUUGGCGGUCUUGGAAUCCUUUAGGUGAUUCUGUUAAGCUAACGAGACACCAGAGCGCAACUCAUACUUUUUGCUUUAAUUCUUCACCCUCCUAUGUGCUGCUGCCUUCUGGAACCGACUCGAACUUCCGGUAUUUGCAUUCACCUUAACUGCUUUGUCUGCACCCACUCAGAAGCGUCUUCUUCUGCGGAUGACUGCAGAUCCAUUAUCACACCUUUAUAAUGCGAUGGUUCUUCACACGGACUCGUUUACUUGGUGGUGAUAUACACGGGAAUGACCACUUUUGUGGGACUGAAUUGCCCUUUCAUUCCAGCCGGGCGUGGUUAUACGAGGAAAGCGAGUGAUCAGAUGAUGAUGCUCAGUGGAGAGAGGAAAAUCCUGUUUAGGACCUCUACAACGUCACAGGCGGCUGCUGUAGCGUUCCUCCAUCAUCCGCUAUCACUAUCGAUUCCCCUCAACAUUGUGCGGUAGGCAGGUGGACAGUUUGCGAGACUCUUUUUAAAUAGAUCUCGUGCCUGCAUUUUGACUACUAGGCUGGUACUACUUUCAGAAAUUGGCGCUUUUGUUAUAUCUCAUUUUCCGCAUGUUUUGAUCACGCCCGCGGCCCCUUAUUUCUCCUUAUUGAGUCUGCCAAACUUCCAGCACGAUGCCAUUUGCCUUUUCAUCGAGCGUUUAAACAAUGUAUUAUCUACCACUCCAGUUCCCCGGUUUAUUUUCUUGCCUCUUGCUUCUCCCACUCCAGGUUAAAAUAGUUGCAGUCGACUUACAAGCCAUGGCCCCGAUUCCAGGCGUGAUUCAACUUCAGGGUGACAUUACCAGUCGGGAAACAGCCGACAGGGUUAUCAGCCAUUUUGACGGAAACAAGGCGCAGUUAGUUGUUUGCGAUGGCGCCCCAGACGGCAAGUUUCCCCCUGAAAUCACAUCUUUUGACGCCACCUUUUUUUGUCUAAGGUAGCCCUGUUAGGCAAGCCUAGUGAAUAAUAACGUUUCAGAGUGUUUGAGAGGGAUUACGGACGUGUUGUUUCAGUUUAGAAGUCCAGUUUAAAAUCUUCGCAGGUGGUCGGAUCGCCACGUUUGGUAGUGGAGAAGCAUUGCUGACGAAGACUGUGGGGGGAGUGGGUGGGUGAGUUGUCGUUUCUGACCCAUCUGUCGUGGUUAGUCACUUCAGUCCCUUGUUUUCAUCGUGCAUCAAGGUUACUCAACCGUGGGACUGAUGACUUUACAAAAUCCCCAAUUAGCCGCUAACGGAGCCACUGGGUGCUUAUAUGGAUGUAUGGAGGAAAACCUGGGUCGAGUUCAGUCGGCGAAAGUAGAGCAUGUCACGCCGUCAUUCCGAUAAGAAGCUGUUUAUACCAGAUCGGUCAUUUCCUCCUCACACCCGACUCUAUGUCUGAUCAUUUUGAGCAUUCUAUUAGUGCUGUUCUACUCCAACCGCGUUAGAGUUUUAGCAAUAUGGUUAUAACUUUCAGUCGUUGUAAUUUCAGGCUGGAUUACUAAGGGCUGUUUGCGGCAUGGAGGGAAAAAAGCAGCUCCGGAGGUUACACUUCCAUCGGAGGAAGUCCAUGACUUUAGGUUAAGUCAGGCUGAUGCCACACAUGAUCUCUGCCAAUAAAAUUUCACAUGAAGGCGAAAUUUCGAGUUCCAGGUGCAUGCAUAAGUGAAGAAGAAGAGUCGAGCACCGGAACACUUCGUUUAUUAUCCCGAGCUUUCAGACUCGUGCAGGAGUCCAUCGUCAGCAGAACAAGCGACAGUUUUAGGAUAUGUAGGCCAAUCAUCGACCGACGGCGCAAGACUGGAGGUGACUACGCAGGACUCUGUACGCCGGCGCCAGAUCGAUUAACCGAUUGAACGAGUUCUCAUCCGAGGCCCAGGCUUCAAUCAAUUCUUGGCCUGUUUUGUUUCCGGCGUGGGCGACUCUGACGAUGGACUCCUGCACGAGUCUGAAAGCACAGGGCAAUGAAUGAAGUGUUCCGGUACUCGACUCUUCUUCACAAAAUUCCACAUAUCUAGCGAUCCCAGAAGUCCUAUUAGGGCAGAAGUAAACUCCUUAAUAAGUGGUCUGUCCCCGCUUAUUCCGCCUCUGGGGCCUGCCUACCUGUGAGGGCAUGGGGUGUAACGCCCCCCCCCCCACUCACCUUGGGUGAUUGUUUAAAAAUCUGCCUUCUUAUCUUAUGAAGAUGGGUAUGAUUCACAACGAUUUGCCUGGCUGUAAGUCGCGAAAGAAUUGAUGCGAUGCUCGGAUUUUGACUCUACUAUCGUCAUUCACGUUGAAAUUGCUCGUAUCUGUCGGACUCAAGGUUAGAAUUAGGGUUGGUUUUAGUGUUAGAAUUUCGGCUAUUCUUCGGACUAGUGUUGCCAAACUUGAGUUGUGGUUUAAGGUUGGGGUUUUGGUGUAAGGUUAGGAUUUUAGGUCUAUUGUUUGGAUUAGGGUUUAAGUUAGGUGUAAGGGCUAGGGUUUCAGAGCAUGGGUUAGGGUUUUAAGACUUGGGUUAAGGUUUCGAUUACGUUUGAGUUUUUAUUGAAUGCUUGCAGGUUAAGGGUCGGAACUACGUAUUACGGGCACUGUCCCGGUUGGCGUUAGGGUUGUAGGAGGGUCACAUACCAUACCCUUGGCUCGAAAAAUGCUUGCAUAUGUGGUAUCGUGCUAUAAUAAUUUGUCUUAUCAUCAUUUCUACGCUUCGACACAUCCCGUUCACGUCAUGAACUUUCGCAGAAAUGACGACAGUAAUAUCAGCAACAGCUGAAUACAGCAUGACUUUAUUCGGGGUCCCAAGUGGUGCUGAGAGCAGGGAUUUUGGCUAACCGUCAAGUUGACAUUAAGGGGCCUGAGCCACGUUAAGUGCUUAAGCCGGGGCUUUCCGUCAGCCGCCUGUACAUGCAAGUUGUCGGCUUGUCUGCACCGCCUCUUAAUUUGGCUCCCUUCGACAUUUCCACUUCUGUCUUGUGUUUGAGCGCAGACUUCCGUAUGAUAGACGUGCUACGUCAUGGAGCGUUAACCGAAAUUCUGAAAUGUGUAUGCGUUUUGAGGAGACUACUUAAGUAGGGUUGCAAUACUAACCAUCCUUCAGUAUAAUCCUUGAAUAUUUCAGCUACGUCAGGCUGACCGCUUUUGCAUGGGUUUCUUUUCGACCGCCUGCAGCAAUGGCCACUUAAGUAGCAUGAGGUUUCCUCAUUUAUUUCCGACGUCCAUAUGAAUGCAAGUACAUUUUGCAGAAAACAUGCCAAAAACAGUUUUUUCUUGUGCAAAUUUGGUAGCACAUUGCGUCUUCUUUGAAUGGCAUACCUUAGAAAAGUGUUUUUUUCAGUUUCAAAAAGGUUUCAAAUUAUAAGAUUUUUUAGAUCGUGAAGUGUUCGUGCAUAAAGAACCUUAUCUGUGGGUUUAUUAAUCAUAUUAAUGAAGUGUACAAUGCAGUCCACAUCCACUGCAGGAUUCCAUGAGCCCUAGAUGACGACUUCUUAAUUGCCUACAGAAAAGUAUGCUUUUCUUCGCACGGAAAGUAUGCUGCAUGCAGUUUCGAAAUUCUGAAUUCAAGUAUAACGGCAGUUUGGGUUCAAAACUAUUCGCGAACUUAAAACGUUCUUUUAGACAGCAGUGCAUCCUAUCUUCAAGUAUAACAUUUGAAGAAGACGUAAUUUGCUACCAAUUCAGUACAAGGAAAAAUAUUGUUGUCCAUGUUUUCUAUGGAAUAUAUUUGAAUUUCAAUGGGAAGACUUCAUGCAUCUUAGUUUGUCAUUUUUACAGGGUGUUAUUAUUUUAGCUAGCCAGAAAAAACUCGUUCUAAGCGACUUAAAUAUCCGGGAAUUACGCUGAAUGACAAUUAAUAUUACAAUUCUACAUAAGUAGCCUUUUUGAACCAAAAACACAUUUCAGAAUUUCGGUUAACAUUUUAUGAGAUAGGACAUCUGUCCAGUAGCAGUCUUCCUUGUCUUUGUCCGUACUGGUCGCAUUGCGACCGCCAGCAACGGGAUGAGCAUGUCCUUUAACUUACCCUGUGUGUCCACUUUUCAGUGACCGGCCUGCACGACUUGGAUGAGUACGUGCAAUCGCAUCUGGUCCUAGCGGCCCUCACAAUUUGCGCUCGAAUUCUCGAGGUGGGUGGCACUUUUGUGGCCAAGGUCUUCCGUGGUCGCGAGGCCGGUCUACUGGGCGCCCAAUUGCGCUGCCUCUUCUCCGGUCCCGUGCUCUUCGCCAAGCCCAGCUCCAGUCGAAAUUCCAGUCUGGAGUCCUUUGUUGUGUGUCAGGGUUUCCGAGGCGACACAUUGCUGCCGCCCUCCCUCACAAGCCUUUCUACCUCUCGACUGGCCAGCGGGGAUGCCGAGACUUCAGAGGAGCCUGCUGAAUCUCUAAUGGCUUGGCUGGAUGGACUGGAGGAGGUACGUUCUUCCUCCUUGUUUGGACCGCGAAAAUUGAGUAAAUUUAGUGUGCAUCUGCUAUGUCAGCCGCACGACAGAGCGUUCUUGACAUUUUUUAACUUUUGGGUCAGUAUGCAACGAGUGACCGAUCUCAUGAAAUGUUGGCUGAAAUCCUGAAAUUCGUUUUCGAUUAGGAAGGAUUGCUUAGGCGCGGUUGCAAUACUGACUAUCUUGCGGCAUAAUCCUGUAAUAUUUCGAACUCGGCAGGAUGUCAGCUUUUGAAUACAGUGCUUUUAAAUCUCCUGUAGAAACCGUACUCUGUAAAAAUGACUUCUCAAGUGGCAUGCAUUUUUCACAUAGAUUUUCGAUGGUCGUGCAAGUUUAAAUAUCUUUUAGAAACCCCGAACAAAAAUAUGCGUUCUUCCAGUCGUUUGAUAGAGAAUAAGGUCGUCUUUAUAUUGUAUACUCGAAGGAGUAUAACUAGGCUCUAAAAAAGCUUUCUAAUUCCCUAAUAAUUUGCAACCUGUUCAGUCGUCGCAUUAGCGCUUAGUGAUUUAAUUUUACAAGGCGCAUGCUUUCCACGUAAAAAAACCCACAUAUUUUUCUAUGCCAUUAAAAAAAUAUCAUACAGAGUCCAUAAAACUUUGUAAUGGAUGCGAACUAUGUUGUACAUCUCAUGAGGAGCUGUGGUAAGCGGCGAGGUACGAUGCUAUGUAAAUGGACAUUGCGAGGUCUUAAAAAAUCUCGUAAUUAGAAAACUUUUUUAAAACCUAAUUAUACUCCUUCUUUGAGCAUAAAAUAUAAAAAAGGCGUGAUUCGUCAUUAAUUGACUGAAAGAAAGCAUAUUUUUGUUAAUGGUUUCUAUAAGAUAUAUUUGAAUUUGCAAGACCAUCGAAAAUCAAUGGGAAAAAUGCAUGUUACUUAAGUAGGUAUUUUUUGCCGAAUACGGUUUCUAGAGGAGAUUUAAAAGCACUGUAUUCAAAAGCUGACAUCCUGCUGAGUCCGAAAUAUUAUAGGAUUAUGCCGCAAGAUAGUCAGUAUUACAACCGCACCUAAGUAAUACUUCCUAAUCGAAAACGCAUUUCAGGAUUUCAGCCAACAUUUCAUGAGAUCGGUCACUUGCCGUAGUUGUUCUCUUCAGGAUGCUCACUGUAAAAUGAGAGGCAGUAAUGUUGGAAGCAUAGCUUUAGUGGAAAAGAAUUACCAACAUAUUCUCUACUGCAUUCAAAAAUACGCACAGAAACCGAUUCCGUCAUGUUAAUCCACAGGCCACAAUUCCUUGGCUUCCCAGCUGAGACUUAUUUCGUAGGAAAUUUCUAUCCUUCUGGGUUGCCUUGAGUACCGAUUACAAAGAUCAUUUAUCAUGGACAAAAUUAAAAGGGGCACUUCUUUGGUCGUUGUCUAAGGAACCAUUUUCUCAAAGUUUGCAUUUCAGUAAGUGAAAAUAUUUCGGCUCUUCCAAAAGAUUGAAAUUUAAGCACUGGUUGGGGCAAUUGUUUGAAUACGGCUGUGGUCAUAUAAUCUCGCUUCGGAGGCAAAUUUGCAGUUGCGAUGAACCAACUAUCUCUUUUGCCCGCCCUAUAGGUCAGGUCAGGUUCUUUGCGCUAAUCGCGGUCUUCUACCAAAGUUUACGCCCCAAGUUAAGACCGGUCCCGGGUGUAAAAAGACAGGCGGCAGCCAAGCCGUGGGGGAGAGAGGGGGCAGAAACGUUAAAAAUGAGUAGGAUGGGAAAAGCCUGUGCGUUUGAGGGUCUCCACAAGUCGAGCGGGGCUUCCAACUGCGGUGAGUAACCGUAUCGUAUCACAUCUGCUAUUGAUAACGCCUACCGAACGGCAGUCUCCCUCUGCUAUGCCCCCUAGCAUGAUUUCUAAUCCAUGCACGAGUCCCAGACAAAUUCGUGCGGUUUAUAAAUGCGCAGUUUAGGUAGCAGCCUCCCAAAGCUCGAUUCCCUUCUUGGCUUUGGUGCCUACACUUCACAAAUUAUAGGUAUGCCUCCAAGGGAAAUUGCAGUAUAUGUUAAGGAGGUAGUGGGCAAUGCCCUUAAAACCGUACUCUGUACUCGGUGCGGGGUGCUUUAACAGGCGAAUGCAGAACGACAAAAUAUUGCGCUACACGGGUUACUAAAAUCGUUAAAGUAGGAUCGUUAUUGCACAAAUAUUGAGGAGACCGAAUGGGCUGACGAUUAUCGUGACGAUUCUCGUGCUGUGUUUUCUUUUAGAUGUCGUCUGAACAGCGGCUCAUUCUUCCUUUUGUUGCUUGCGGUGAUCUCUCCGGUUACGAUGCUGACGCUUGUUACGAACUGGACGAGGACUAUGUCUCCCUUGACCCUGUCCAACCCCCCAUUGAUCCGGCCUAUCUAGAGGUUUGCCGCAAAGCGCGCUCAAAGGCAGCCCAUGAUGAAGCGGCUACAAUCACCGAAUUGAUGGAGGCCACUAAACUCACCUGA